AUGCCUACUGUAAUCAUUAUUGGGGCUGGAAUAGGCGGGUUAUUGUUUGCUCAAGGACUUUUAAAAAAUCACAGUGAAAAUAAAAUGAACUUUAAUGUUAAAAUAUUCGAGAGGGAUGCAAGACCGGAAGCUCGUUUGCAAGGAUAUCAUAUUUCAGCAAAACCAUUUGGUGUAAAAUCACUUAUAAAUUGUCUUCCAACAGAAUUAUCCGAUCGGUUAAAUGAAAUCCUUCCUGACCCGAUUACAGGUGAAGAUAACGAUCUCUCGAUCGUGGAUGAAUUCGGAGAAUUGUUGACUUCAUUUCCUUCUAAAAAAUUUAAUAAUUUGCGUGAAUUUUCCGAGAUAAAUCAUGACAACACGGUGUUGAUAACUUUUAGGGAUAAAAUAAGAGAAUUUUUGUUGCAAGAUUUAGAUGUACAAUGGAAUAAAAAAUUUGUUAGAUAUGAGAUAGACGAAAAUGGUGUUUGGGCUUAUUUUGAUGACGGUACAAAAGAGUUCGGUGAUAUUUUGGUUGGAUCUGAUGGAAUUAAUUCACUUGUUCGUAAACAGAAAUUACCAGACUUGGAGGUAAAAAAUUUGGGAGUAUCAUGUGUAGUCUUUGACAUUGCACCAAGUAAAAAUCUUGUCGAAAGAUUUUCAAAAAGUUCUUAUAGCGUAUUUAAAAUAUCAUUGGGAGAUUGUGGAGAUUGUUUGGCUUCAUUCUUUAGACUCAUCCCAGUCGAAACAAAAGAUUCACAAGAUGAUGAUAUUCACUACAGAUUUACAUUCUCGUAUACUUAUCCAUCAUCAUUUGAUGAUUACGAUAGUGAUGAUUAUGCUAGUUUUAACAAAGAAAAUAAUCAACCCGGAAAAGUAAUCAGUUGGGUAAAAAAAAUGAUUAACGAGAAACGAGAAAAUUCGGAAUUUGGUGAUGUCGUGAAAGAAAUGUUAGAUAUAAUUCCGGAAGAUCUACCAUCUAAAAGUGGAUCUGUAGGUAAAAAUUAUCCAUUUGAAAAUUAUCGUCCAAAUAAAUUUCCAUUGAGAGAUCUUGAUCCAAAAUCUAUAGAAAGAUGGCCAGUUGAUCGUGUUACAUUAAUAGGUGAUGCUAUACAUGCAAUGAAUCUUGUUCUCGGCUUGGGCAUGAAUCAUGCAAUGAGAGACGCAGAUAAAUUGUCACAAUCUUUAUUAGAUUGGGAUGAAAAGGGUUGGGAGGAAUGUAUAAAAAAUUAUGAGGAUGAAAUGAUCAAUCGAUCUUCACCCGAUGUGUUGAAUUCGAGAAAGGCUUGUCAACGAUUACAUGUUGCUUGUCGUAAUAAAUUUGACGUUAUAUUUAGAAAUUGGUCAAUGAAAUUUAUUGGAUUUUGUUUAAAUAUUUAUAUGAAAAUAUUUGGUUAA